GUAUUUCUUAAAAAAAGUUGUAUUGUAGUUAUAAAUCGUGAUGGAUUAUUCAUCUUUACUAUCUAGUGAUGAUGAACUUGAUAUGAUCGAAAAUGUGUCUAUUGAAGAUGAAAGCCUUCAUCUACGAUACUAUUCAUCUGGUGAAGAUGAAAACAGCAGCAAAAGACAAAGAGUGGAAACAACAACCAGUGAUAAUAUGACAGGAGCAUGUGGCGGACCAGAGGAUAUGCCCGAUGAGUCCAUGUCAUCGGUAAAUGACAGUGUUUUGGAAUGCAGUAGAGUAUCAGUCAGUCGUUCUAGUACUCCGUCCGUUCGAAUGAAUUCUCGUACCUCAACCAAUUUGGCAAGUACACCAUGUUCCAGCAGGACAAUCAUUCCGACUUUCCUAAGAACACCUUUAUCUGGAGAAGUUCGUUCUAGCAGGUCACCUACACCUGUCACAGACAUAUCAAGAAAAGAUCAGACUACAGGAUCAGAAAACAAGAUUGACACUUUAACAAAUGAAGUCAUCCAAAUGAAAAGACAACUGGUAAAAGUGCAAGAAAACCAAAGUAAUGUUGAAAAGAAAGUGGAUAUUUUGAUUCAAUUGCUACACUCAAAAACAAAUGAACCAAAAAAAGGAAGCCAAAAGAUUAACGUCCCUGCACAAAUUGCACAAUCAAUAAGGGAUGGUUACCAGCAGGGUAUUACUGAAAAGGAUUUCAUCUGGAAAACAAAGAACGAAGCUGGCAGUAUUCUUAAAUAUAAUUCAGCAGAGAACAAAGAGAUGUCCGGAUUCAUCAUUGAAUUCGUAAAAGGCCAAUAUCCUGACGAAGUGGAGGGUGUUGUUAGAGAAGGAAUAAAGACAAAUUUUGAAUCGUUCAAAGCAAAGAAACGAAGAGAAGAGACUGGUAAACAAGAAGAACAUAACAAGAAAAUGGCUGUGUACAGCAGAACGAGAAGAUUUGGUUGUACGACCAGGGAAGACAUCAAGGACAACCAAUAUGCUCCAGAAUUAACAAGUGAAGUAAACGCACAUCAGUUUGAAGAAAUGUCUCGAGGACUUCUGACUCGAGAAGAAAGUCAUUUCCUGGUUGAAUAA